AUGCUUCGAAUCGUCCUUAUCUUUGCAAUAUUCCCGGUUGCAUUCUGCGCUAUCGGUGGACUUGUCGGAAGAACACAAAGUACUGCAGUUCGUGGAACUUUGUUGUGCAAUGGAAAACCGGAACCGAACGUUUUGGUAAAACUUUACGAUGACGACAGAGGACUAGAUAUGGAUGAUUUAAUGGGUGAAGGAACCACAGAUGCAAAUGGAGAGUUCUUGAUUAGUGGCUGGAAUCAAGAAGUCUCUACAAUUGACCCCAAACUUAACAUCUAUCAUGAUUGCAACGAUUGGAUUUGGGUAAUUAAAAUCUUAAAACCUUGCCAACGUAAAAUAAGCAUAAUGGUUCCGGAUGAAUAUAUCACUGUCGGUAAGAUACCUAAACGGACCUAUGAUGCUGGACGAAUUGAAUUAUCUGGUGAAUUUGCUGGAGAGACACUUGCUUCCCUACUCAUUUUCACUUUUAUUCCAAGUGUAUUCACUGAUGUGGAAAGUAGUGUUGGACGAAUUCAAAGCGCUGGCGUCAAAGGAACCUUACUUUGCAAGGGAGUUCCUGCUCCAAAUAUUCUUGUAAAGUUAUAUGACGAUGAUAGGGGUUUGGAUACUGAUGAUCUGAUGGCAUAUGGUAAAACCAACGCUGAAGGAUACUUUGAAAUCAGCGGUUGGGAUGCGGAAUUUGCUGCUAUUGAUCCAAAACUAAGUAUCUAUCACGACUGUGAGGAUGGACUAAAACCAUGUCAACGAAAAAUAAGCAUAAUGAUACCGGAUGGAUAUAUUUCUGCUGGAAAAGUGGCAAAAAAGUUCUACGAUGCAGGAAGUAUUGAACUUGCUGAAAAGUGGGCUGGUGAAACACGAGACUGCAUUCACUAA